GCGGUGGGGCGGCGGGGCCGGGCUCCCUCAGCGCCCCGGCUCCGGCCAGCGAGCCGCGGUCUGUGCGCGCACUAAGGCUCCUCCCGCUGGCCGGGGGAGGAGUCCGCCCCGGGGCUGUCUCCGCCCUGAGCCGGGCACGGGCAGCGCGGGUUGCCACGGAUGGCGCCCRGGGGCGGCGGGGGUAGCCUGUGCCSMCCCUUGCUCCUCGCGCUGGGGUGAGCGUCUGGCCCGGCUCCAGGCCCGCGCCCCUGCCCCUGGAGUUCCUCAUCUCCCAUCAAAGAAGGCUAUAGGACGUUUUCCUCGUCUUGUGCGUUUUUGGAGUUCUUAGCAACAUACUUUGUCUUGCGGCUUCUCUCAACUCCUUUGGAGCGAGCGUGUGAUAACUCGCGCAGCUGAGCAGCGCAUCACCUCUGGGCUGUCCCAACGAAAAUAUAGUUUGGAAGUACGGUUUCUCUAUAAAAGUGCGGAAAAGCCAUUAUUUGCUUUUCUAUAUAAUGGUUACCUAGAAGUUUAAUAAGAAUGGAGAUUAAGCUAGAUGUGCUCAUCUCGAAGUGUAUCAAGCAUAGAAAACCAUGGCCUCGCAUAUCAUGGAUUGGACAGGAAAAAGAGGCUAUUUUUCUUCUAGAUGGUAAAUAUAUAAAUGAAAUUAACCUGGCAUCAGGGAAGACGAAGAAGAAAAUCCCUUCUCUGCAGUCAUUGUUGAAAAAUGUGGUUGUCUUAACAACAUCAGGAAAUGCUGCUUGGUUGGCAGGAAUACUUACAACAGGAGAGCUAUUUCUUUGGAAUAAAGAUCAGGACUGCUUGAAAAUUGUACCAGCAAUUGAAGAGUCCAAGAAAGUAGUAGCAGCUGCCCAAGAAUGUUUGAUGAGGUUGUACUUGUAUGUAUCUGGAGAUGGGAGAAAGGUACUAUUAACUACUCCUACAGCAUGUGUCUUUUUGUGGGAGAGCACAGAACAUGAGAAUACGGUCCCUUGUAAAAACUCUUUUUCUGGGCGUUGGACACAAAUUUUACCUGAUGAAUCAGUCAUAUUGCCUUCUACUGAAGAAAAAGAAAUUGGAGUGCAUGCUGCUUUCAUACAAAAUGAGGUACUGGGUGAUUGCUGUUUAUGUUCCUUUGUAUUUUACUCUGGCGAGUGUUUGGUGCUCACGUUUUUGGUUCUUCGGUGGCACGAAAAUACCUUUAAAGAUGUUAGUUCUUUGCCAUACCAGGUCCAGUGGGUACAGCAGACUUGUUCUCUUGCUAAUUUGGUUCCUCAGUGUGUGUCUGUAAAGUCCAGGGGAGCUCUGCUAUGUGCAUUUGCAGGAGAUGGACUUUUGCUUGCAGUMGCUGUUAAUCAAGCUGAUCCAAAGGCAACUCAGGUUUUGUUUUUAAACACAUUGAAUUUUGUAACUAUUUCGGGUAGCCUUAAAGGUUGUAGUAGCAAGAAUAACAUGACCCCAUCCAGGUUCAUCAGAUCUUACUGGGUUGGUGAUAUGAGUUGGACUCCAGAUAGCCUUUUCUUGGCUUGCAUGUUAAAACGUGGAUCUUUGAUUUUAUUGACUUGUAUGGGUGAAUUGCUGACAUUAAUUGCUUCUGGAUGCUCAGUAGAAUUUGGACCAGCACAGUUUAUUCCAUUUCAUCCACUAAUAACAUACAGACAGCACCUCUCUUUUUGUCAAGACUCCAGCCAAUGUCUUGGUUCWUCAGAUUCUGAACGUGACCCUAUGAGACAGAGAUUUUCUGUUGCUUCACAUCCAAGACUACCCUACCUCAUUGUCUCUGACGGAUACAUGAUAACACUGCUUAGAUUUCCUAAUAACUUUUCACCAUCAGGAUUUGUAAGAUCCCUUUUACUUGAUUCAACCCAAAAGCUUGAAAAUAUCCGUCGGAAUUUGCUGAACUUCAAGUCUAAAGAGAGAUCUCGGUAUUUACGAUCACUAUUGUCUUUAAAAGCUAGUCUUUUAAAGCAAUUUCAAAAUCAAAGUUCUAUCUUUUCUACCAUUCCGAGAUUCCUGAAGGAGGACACAACAGAAAUGAAUGAGAAAACCAUGGAUUUACUGGACCAUGAAGAAGAAUCAGACAAUGAAAAGCAGCUUUGCAGUAGCCCUUCCAGCUUCUAUAACCAAAGAAUCCAUUCAUUUGUUGGUCAAGCUGAUCAAGGCGCCUUAGAAUUUGCAUCAAUGUUUGAUACCAUCCAUGCAGAAGAUGAUAUUGAAGAGGAAGAUAAAUCUUCAUUGGAACUAUAUUCUGUUCAGAAGAACCUCCUUGCUGCAUGGCAGAUAGGGAUUUCAAAAAACAUGGAAGACAAAGAUGUGUUACUGAGUUACACAGUGAACUGCAUUAUCCAUUUUUUGAGCAUUGUUCAGUUUGUGAAAUGUACUUUGCUAAACCAGGAUGCAUCUUUAAACAAGUCUGUGAAGAACACUCAAUGGAUGCAUUGUGUCCUGAAAUAUUUUCAGCAGUGUUUGACUGCCUUAUACUGGCAUUCAAGAGCCAGUGUGACUGAGCAUUUGGCAGAGCUGACACUGGGAACUCUAAAACAGAUGCUUAUACAGAAACAGGAUCAGUUGUACUCAAAAAACCUUUUAGCGUGCUUCUGUCUUUUGAAAAUGGUUUCUCACACACUAAGUAGAGUGUGURUUCUACAGUAUGAGAAUUUUUGUGCAUCUCCUGAUAGUAACAUUCUUGUGGAACUUGACUCCCUCACUGUGCCUCUUUUCUUAGUUCUUGAUGACAAUACUACUCAGCAAUUCAGGUCACUGAAAUGUCUGCUUGGAGAGCCUCCUCAAGUAAACCAUGACACAAAAACAGAAAAAAGGUUAACUGUACUAUGGCGACUAUUAUAUAAGAAAGUGGUGUGGUAUCAGGUGCAGCUGAAAAGAGCAGUGAACAAGAAUGCAGAAGAGACUUCUGUUGUGUCGUUGCUUUUAAGUCAUAUACAAGCAAUCAUCCAGUCUUCAGGAGUGACAUUAGAACAACAUCUGAAGAUUAAUUCUGUAUCUGGUGAGGAGCAGUUCCUUUUAGGCUCAUACAGAGAAUCUGUGGACAUUUGGAAAAGAUCUCUUUGUGAACUGAAGACAAAAGGAGGAAAAAGAGCAUAUUUACUUCAGCGUAGAUACUAUCUUGCAAUAUUAUUUUGUCACCUGUAUCAAUAUAACUUAUGUGAAGCUCAGGGACUCUGUGAUCAUCUGGUGAGAGAAAUUCUAAGGCGAUCACAGCUCUCAACAAAUCAGAUGGAAAAAUUUUCUGACACCAAGUAUUUUCAGCAUGAACUAUGGAUGGUAACCAGCAUUCAUACUGAGACUGCCAUGGCUGUGAUUCAAUCCAUGGCACGGUUCAUGGCUGCUUAUUUCACAAAGCAGCUGCUCUAUAUCUUUCCUCCACACAAUGUUGACAUCCUUCAUCCACUUCACGUUAAACAAGACUUAUCUCCUCGUGUCAUUCCACUGCAACAUUGCUUGGUUACCAGAGCUGUCAGGGACCAGGAUCUUUCAUCGGUGUGGACAGCUGAAUAUGCUCUUGAUUUGUUCUUUAUUGGUGGACUCAUUCCGGAGGCUGUGUGGUUAGCACACACACUUGGGGACUGGAAACUGUCUGUUUCAAUUGGUCUGGCCUACCAGCUGUAUUGUCAGAACUCUGAUGAGCUCUCAAGACUGAAAAAAACAGAAUGUCAGCUGCCAUUAAGCUUAUUACCGAUGCAGACUUUCCAGGAAAAGUUACAGUCUUUGUUAGGACAGCCAGUAACUUCUGAAACAUCAGGACAUGUGAAAUACAAGAAGUUUACAGAUCCCAUUGAGGAAGAAGAUGCAGAUGUUCUUUAUAGUUCAAUACAGGAACUACUGAAAGCAGCUGUUAUGGCAGAUGUUGAUAUUCUCUCAGAGACGUUUCAGCUUUUGAUGGAUUCUGCCAAGGAUCUUGGCAGAAAAUUUUAUGGUUUGGUUCCAGUUGGGCUCUAUCUUCCAGCACCACCAUUGUACUGUCCUCAGCCAGCUUCWCUCAGUGAAGAAGACAGCAAUGACAUUCUUUUAAAAAUGGAGAAAGAAACCCGUCAGAAAGUGUCAGGAGUUCUUCAGCGAAUUAUCUUGCUCUUCCGGGCUGCUCAUUGUUCUUGCUCUGCAGCACAGUGGUAUAUUACACAACUGAAGCGGGCAAGAAAAGUUAUGCAGAAAAUUCGGAUGAAAGGUUCUCUUCCUUCUUUGAGUACAUUCCCAGAGACUUUGCUUCGUUACUGCGAUUUCCACACUGUUCUCUGUGGAUCUGCAUCUUCUGAAGAUGAUCAGUUUGAUGACAUUACCUGUAAAAUUUUGGGUUGGUUCAGAGAUUUCUGUGCAUUGUGUUGGAUGUUUCAUGUCCGUGAAAAAUUAUCUGAUGCCUGUAGGCGGUACCAAACUGCMAGAGAAAAUACUAACAAUUUUAUCGAGGAUCCAAAUAAGAAUGGAUAUGAUGCCUCCAUAAUUGAGCAUUGUCUGAAUGCAUUGGAGUGGGCUUGUCGAAUGCUUCCUUUCUGCAGAUUCAUGAAUGUUGAAGAAUUAGUUCAAGAUGUAAUUUUGAGUCUGCUUGGAGAAUUGCCACCAGUAAAAAAGGUGGCAGAGAUUUUCGUGAAAGCAUUUCCUAAUCCUGAAGAUAUAAGAGUUCCACUACGAGAUAAAUAUCAUGGACUUCAGCGGCGACUGAGAGACAGUAUUGUUAAAGUAGGUCCUGAAAGGGAAGAAAUUAUGUCUGCUGUUAUACAGGCUGCUGAAGAAGUGAGAAAGAAGGCCUUGAGACGUGUAGUAAAGAAUAUAGGCCCUAUAGAAAUUCAUAUUUGGGAGCCAGUAGAAGAGGGAGCAUCAAAUGAUGAGGAGCACUGUUAUGACAGAUUCUCACUAGGCACUAGUCUAAGCACAAGUACACUUACUGAUGUUGGAAAUCUUCAAGUAUAUAGUGAUACAGACAUGGCAGACACACUUUCUGAUGCUUUGUUUACUGAAGAAACAAGACCUCAAACACCUUCAUUCUCAAGGGAUUAUGAACUCCAGCGACAAAGGGAAAUAGGUCGCAAAAAUACCACACAAAAGAUAAAAGCUCUUAACUGUGAAAGAAAACAUAGAGACAAACUAUGUAGAAGAGACAUGCUUAAUCAAUGUAAUUUGCCUGUAGUUGGUGCAUGGGAAUUCGAACGUGAUGACGAUGAAUAUGUUAGGUUUUUAGAACUCUUUUUGAGUUAUGUUCUUGAGAGAGACCUGAUAAAGUGCAGUGACAUUGGAAUUCCAUUUCUUACUAGCUUUUCUGGUCUGCUUCGAGAACRUGAAUUGAACUCUCUAUUUUUUGAUGUUCACACAACACUAAAACGUCGACAAAACAAAACUAGAAGUCAAAGUGUGUUUAGAGCAGGGUCUUGCUAUACUGUCGCCCUGGCAUCUUGUGAUCCUGAAAARAUUUCCAUCUGUAAUGAAAACAAAAAUCUUUUGGAAAAACCAAUAAUUGUACAGUCUGUUGUACAGACAACAGAACCUUCUGUGCGUAGUCUAACCAAAGGACUUAAAGAAGGAUUAUUUGGUUUAAAAUACAAGUCAAUUUACAGAGCUCAGACUGACAAUCAAGAAGUCACUAUUGGACUAGCAAGCCAGACCCUUCCUAACCUUACUUCUACCCUGCAAACUCAGGCAACUUGUAAAUAUGUUUACAAAACUCGUGAUGUAGUUGGUAUUGUACCAGCAGAAGAGCUACCUGUAGAACUGGUGGGCGAGUUGAGCAAUAUUGCAAAAUUGCUGGAGUGGAUGAUCAGAUGGUCCGAUAAAAGACUGCUCUGUGGUUCCAAUAAACAAGGUUCCUUAGAAGAUACUCUCCCAGUGAUACAUGUGAAAACAUCAUCAGCAGCUGUCCUUACRUCUCUUUGGCUGUUAGAACAGUUAUACGGAGACAGAUGUCAAACAGACAGCAUAAKGCAUAAGCAUCCAGAUAAUCAAUGCCUGAAAGAAAUUGCAUCUGUAUCAGAAGCCCAGUCUAGAACAGAGGAAGAAAGUAGUAUGGAUGAAGGCCCUUCCACAGUCGCCCAUUUCCUUCCUGAUGUCCAGAAUGUACAAGCCUAUGACGAUCUUUGUGAAGUGGAUUUGGGAAUGUCUGCAAAGUCAAAAUAUGUUGAUAAGAAGGAAAUUAAYCAUGGAAAUAAUUCUGUUCCUCAUAUGAUUGAAGACCUGAAUGAAGUGGGACCAUUUGUUCAGCAGGAGUUGGAUGUAACAGAACAAGAAGAGUGCUUUGAGGAGCCAUAUGAAACUCCAAAGAGYUCCAAUAGCUCUGUCAGGAUCAAACCUGCAGAACUUCAAAGAAAACAGGAUGCUAUCGCUUGGAGCUCUACCAAGCAGAUCCCUGAAGAGGCUGAAGUCUGCUCUCCUAAAGUGAAGCAGGUCACCAUUUCAGCUGUAGAUAGUCCUGAAGAAGUUCAAAAUGUGGAAGAAACAAAGGAAGGAAAAGCUGAACAGAAUAUUAUGACUGAGGUUGUUACUAGCACCAUGUCUCACUCAUUCUCUUUAAAACAAGAUGCAGAAGUUGCUAGUAUUACAGACAUUUCUGUAAGUGAUCGUCAGCCUUCUCAGACCAUUGUGUCAACUAUUUCAAGUCUUGCCUCCCAUACUUCUGUUUGUGCAAAGAAGCAAGAAGUCAAGGAAGAAGUCCCCAGAGGAGAGAAACCAAACACAUCAGAAACUGUCAGGCAGAUGCUUCAAGAUGAAAUGUUUAAAUUAGUUCAGCUACAGCAGAUCAACUUCAUGAGUUUAAUGCAAAUAGUGCAGUCAUCCUUUACCAAUGUGCCAAAUGUGCAACAAAUGCUACAACAGCAUCAAUCAGUCAACCUGGCAGGGAAUCAGCCUGCACACACUGGUGAAGGCARUGCUUCUCCAAAAACACAAGUGCCCACUCAAGAAGAAAAAGGAAAAACAAGUCAAGAGAGCUCUGUYUUGCAGCCAAGGAAUAGUGUAGAAGAUGAAAGCAACAAUGGCCAAAUAAAAAAUCAUCUGGAUAUGAAUGCCUCUUCGACACUAUUUGAAAGCAACAGCAAGGAAACAGGAUUUAUGUCACCAUCUCAAGCUUUGYAUUCUUCAGUGCCUACCAAACCACUUCAUCUCCUAGCUCCUUCCUCAGAUAUCCAGAAAAAAAUAAAAUUUAUCCCUGUUGAAAAAAAAAUUAGCUACUCAAAUGGAUUUCCUUUGCUUAAGCUUAAAUCAAAUUAUCAUGUCAAACCAACAUUUUUACAUCCAACAGAAAUGCCAUCAGCUUUUGCCAGACCACCCCUAGUACCACGAGUAGCUUGGAGUUCAUCAGAUUCCUUAUGGACCCAUCAGUCCUCAUACACACCAAGAGAGAGUAAGGCAGAUUUCCGCAGCCCUGAGAUUCCAAGGCAAAUGCAUGAGGAAAAUAAGAGAUGGGCAGAACCAGUGCAUAUGGGACCUCCCAAACAUCUGAAUUCAGAUCAGUAUGAAGGACAGCAAGAAGCUGCCCCUCGGCCAGAGUUCCCUGYAAAUGUGAAUGUGUACAAAGCGCCGACUGCUCAGAACCUGCCUGGUAUUCCACUGUUGCACCUGAAACUGGACCCAGUACCUGCAGUUCCACCUGUUGURAGGCAGCCAGUCACUACUACUUUAAUACCUAUUAAACCUGCAACAAAAGAUAUUGACACCACAGAAAGGCGACAGGAUACAGGAAUACCGCUACUUCAGGUUAAUUUGCCUCAGAAAAAGAAGACACCAAAACUCAUUCCACUUCAAGAUCUCAUUGCAUUUGAGCAACGCCACAAGCAUCAUUCUGUGCCCAGUACUUCCUCUGGACAAGACCAAGCCAAACCURUCCAGCUGCUAAAAACUGAUGUUGAACCAUUUGAACUAAAAGAUGUGCAGAACAACAGAAAAAGUAAAAAGAGGCGCAAUAAGAAACURCUGAAAGAGAAGGAGGAAAAGAGGAAACCAAGCGUGUCCUUCUGUCCCAAUGACGAAAUCAUCACUAUUAGUGACACAGCAGUGGUUACUGAAUCAGAGACUGAGGAUCACAAACCAAAAUCAACGUCUUACAKUCAAGAUGGUUUUCUCAUCUCAAUGGACGAAAUGGAAAAAGCAAGUACUCUCUCAGCAGAUCUGCAUUACUUGGCUUCUGUUGGAAAAAAAMCAGUAGAAACUCAAGAUGCAAGUACAAAUACUAACCCAGUGCUCAAAUCAUAUCAGGAUYGUGGGAUCAGUGGUGGAAAUAAGGUCUCCAAAGUUAAAAAAAAGGGGCUGGUCACAUCUGUUCCUGCACCAGAACCAUCUAGUUCCUCUGAGAUACUACUGCCAGACAUGUGCUUAAACCUGAAUGUCCCCCCUGAAGUGAAUGAGAAACCUUUACCAUCUUUUCUAUCAGAURCAUCUGAUUUGCAUAAACGUGAAUAUAUCAGUGUGAUUGAUAUUGAAGACAGUGACAUCCUGAACAAUUUGCCUAUGAUACCUGAGUCUGCAGAAGAGAUUGCUGCACAGCAAAAUGAGAAGCUUGAAAUUCCAUCUACUGCAGAACUUGAUCAAGCAGCAGCUUCUGUUGUUAAUGCAACUCCACCUGAGGAACUUCAGAAGCAAGAUGAUCAUCAGAAAAAUGUAUCAAACCAAUUGCAAAAGGAAGAUAAGGAAUUAGAUUCUGCUACAGAUCGUGUAACUUGGAACGUAACACGUGAAGAUGGAAGAACUCUUYCCUCUUCAGGGCUUCCGUCCAAAGUAAUUGAAAAAGAAUACUUUUCCACAAAGCAGUGGGAAAUGGAUAUGCAAUUACAGACACUACAGAACAUAGUAGAAAAUAUGGAGCAGGAUUUCAGAAAUAGCAAAAUGUUAGUGAAGCUGAUAGAAGAUUUUGAAAUGGCUGCUGAUUCAGACCUUGGUGCUCAUCCUAUGGUCUCUGGAGCUGCGGGAGUCAUUGGUGCUGAAUCAGAACAUCAUUUGACAGGCAUGAUUUUUGAAGAUGUUAUAGAUGAUCAAAAGGAGAGCUUAAACUUGGAAUGUCCUGUACCCAGUUCUACUACAGGGGAUGUACACACUCCUGCCUCUGCAGUCUUGGYUUCUAAUUCUCCCAGUGGCCUAAAGUCACCUUCUGAUGGAGAGCUUAGUUUAGGAGAGGAAGCAGUGCUCUUCCUUCCAAGACAGCCACACUACUCUUCAGUUGCAUCUUCUGAAUUCCAAGCUUCUUCUGAGUGUCUGGAUUCCUCAAGCUCUCGUAUAUGCGGAGAUCUAUGUGCUGGCUCUUUAGAAGAUCCCCUGCAAAUUACUGGUCCGAGUGAUGUUACAGAUGCUGUGAAUGACCGUGUGGUUGAAAGUGACAUCUCUCUGUUGGAGCUGGACUUUGCAAAAACACGGGCUAAGAAAACCUUUAGGGUUCUUGAUUCUGCUUCUGGGCAUUCCCAAAGAACAGAAAAGGAGAGAAAAGAGAUACAAACAUGGAUGAAAAGAAAGCAAAAGGAAAGAAUGAAAGAAUAUAUGCAGAAACUGGAUGAACAAAGACAAAARGAACGUAAUCCUUUCAACCUGAGGAAGCAUAGGCAUCAUAAUCCUACUUCAAAGGAUAUUAGAAUCUUCCAGAAGAAAAAAGAAGAAAGAGACAGAGCCCUGUUGUCUGAGCAUCACAGGAUAAGAGUAUCCCAGGCACUUUCCCUGAUGAAUGAAAUGUUGUCUGAAACAGUGGCAUCACCAGCAAGCGACUACAGAAYGCUGUCCAGCGCAGAAUCACCUCAAGUGUACCGGAGGAGGAAUGUGGCACCCAGUGCAGGAGGGCAUCUGAACAGUCCUGUUCUGGCAGAAAGGAGCAGAAUUGCUGGCAAACCUGGCUUUGGUCCAAAAGUACAACGUUUCACUCCAGUUCUUGGUUUAACACAGUCCAGGGGAAAUGCCUGUAUGUUCCUUCAGAAAAGUGCCCCCAGAGGAAGACUGAGAAAUGCUACGAAGUGUCUUGUUAAAUCCAGACCCUCUGCUGAGUGCAGAGGCAGCAGAAGUUCAGCACAAAAGCCUCUACAAGUGGCCACUGCAGUUCAGACAGAAGGUGUUGAUCUUGACUCCGAUCGAGAUGUGGUGAGUCCUUGGASUGUGCCUGAUGACAUCCAAAGAAUACUUCAGGAUACUCGUGACUCCAUGUUUCAGGUCUCUGCACUGCCUGGAAUGAGUUUCUCUCCCCUUGGCAGUAUCAACACUGACAGUGUUUCUGAAAGCACAGGGAGCAUCCUCAGCAAGCUGGACUGGAAUGCAGUUGAGGCUAUGAUAGCAGAUAUUGAAGACAAGUGAGAAGUUCUCRGCCACUGCACUCUUCCAAACAGUUACUGGUGUUUGGUUUUGUUUUUUAAAAACAGUAAUUGUUUUGCUUAAAAUGGAUUGAGGCCUGUACUGGUUUCCUUCUUAAGAAGCAUGGAAGCUCUCACUGUUUUCUGUCUUGCCUAGAUGAAGUUAAAUUCCUUAACAUACAAUUUCCUUUCCACAUGUCUUCAGGUCAAGAGGAACUAAACAUAGUUGGUAAGGGCAAACCCACARUCUUUAACAGAUCUGGGUUAGCUGCUUUUGAUAGAAACAUAUAUAAACACAAAAAAUGUUAUUUUAAGAGCRCAGUACAACGAUUCUACUUUUGUAUUUAAUAUUUAACAUUAUUAUGAAAUUAUUUUUGUAACAUAAUGGUUGUAAUAAACUGGUUUAAUAA